AUGCGCGACACUCACCGGACGCCGCCAACCUCCACCUCUGGCGAACCAGCUGGGAAACCUCCGAUGUCUCCUCUUCCGACGUUCGACACAUUACGCGCGCUCCACAACAUCAUUGGCGAGGCUCUCGAUGACAUUGAGCGUGUUUUUGCCUCUGCGGGUAGCACACAUUCGAGACUGUCUGCUUCCAAGUCGCAUACAUGGACAUUCUGCCCUUCCGUCGACUAUCCCUCACCGAACUCGGCCUUUGCGCCGUCGUCCGAAGCUGAGAAACUAGCAAGAGAUCCGGUGGCUGCAGCCGCCUCAUUGCGCAUCAUAUCUGCUGUAGGCGAGUUUGAGGGGAUACUGCGGCCUCCAUUUCUAGCGCUAUCGAUCGCAAGUAUGAGCUAUAACCUUCCAGCUUGUCUACGACUGGUAGAACACGCACACAUCGUCGAGAUUUUGCGCGAAAACGAAGCGCCACGGGCAGACGUAGUGGGGAUGCAUGCGGACGAGAUUUCACGGAUAAUAAGGGGCUACUGUGGAGAGGAGAAGUUCUGCGACGGUGCACAGCUAGCCCAUUUCCUCCGUCUGCUAUGCACACAUCAUAUUCUGCGGGAAACUGCUCCUAAUGUGUUCGCGAACACGCGAAUAUCGAGUACUAUGGACACCGGAAAGACUGUCAAGUCGUGUUUUGAAGCUCCACGAGAUAAAUACGAUGGAACGGAUGGUACAGCUGCGUUCGUCGGGCUAUGUACCGACGAACUAUUCAAAGCGGCCGCAUACCUCACCGAGGGCGUCACCAGCGGCUGCUCGCCCGAUCCAUCAAACACGAAGAAGUCAGCGUUCAACGUCGCACUGCAAACACAUUCGCCGUAUUUCGAGUGGCUGGAGGCUGGCGGCCUUGAUAUCACGGGCGGAGACGGAUGCGGUGCAAGUGCAGGCGUGCGGGACGCAGCGAAUGAUCGUGCGUCGUUCCAUACGGGCACUGGCUCUGCCAAGGAUGUCACUUCGUAUCGCCUUGAUCGUUUCUCGCGCGGUAUGACGGGGACGAGCGGAUGGGAGGCGCCUGGGGCGAUCCUGAAUGCACUCGACUGGGCGGCGUUGCCGAGCGGAAGCACCAUUGUUGACGUAGGAGGUGGAAUAGGAAGUACGGUGAUGGUGCUGGCGGAGGCCCUAGAGACGAACGAAGGCAAUGGUCACGCUACCAGUUCAAGUCGCGUAUCACGGCGAAAUCUCCGCUAUAUUGUACAAGAUCGGCCAGUCGUUGUGGCUCUCGGACGGGAGUCGUGGCAAGCCCGCCAUCCGGCGCUGAUUGAGGAUGGGACCGUCAGGCUACAAGAACACGACUUCUUCAAGCCGCAGCCUGUUCAAGCGCCUGCCGUAUUCGUCCUGCGCGUCGUUCUCCAUGACUGGGAAGACAACGAUGCGGCCAAGAUCCUUCGACGGCUGAGAUCAGCCGCAGGCCGAGAUACGAAGCUCAUUAUCGCUGAAAAUGUCUUGCCGCUGGCGUGUGCGGACGACCUCACUGUAAACCACCCAGACCAAGAGGGAUAUAAUGCGGGCGAAAAUACGGAGUGGACUCUGCAGCGUGUGCUGGAGAGCAUCGAGGGCGCUCCUCGUUCGCUAGCGCCGCCACCUUUGCUUCCGAAUCUGGGUAGGGCGAGCGUGAAUACGUAUUGGAUGGACCUGACUAUGUACAAUAUGUUCAGGAGCAAGGAGCGCACGCUUCGCGAGCUCUGCGAGUUGGCGCUAUCGGCAGGAUGGAGGGCAGUGAGACUUGUGCGUUCCGAAGGGUGGCUAUUCGGGCAUCUUAUUUGCGAGCCCGUCGAUGUGCCGGAAGGACUCGAAGAUCAUUCGUACUCAACGUCUGCGGAGACAUCGGCUGGAGACAUGACUGACAAUCAGACCUCUCCAGCGACGACAGACGUUACCGACAUGAAUGAAGCAAAGUUCGGUGUACUCCUCGAGCCACCGCUUCUGACAGAGCCUAUGACCCGUAGUCGGCGGUGCUCAUCAUCUACCGGCACGUUCUCCUUUGUGCACCUCAAUAGACCUACUCCUAAUUCAUCUGGGACUAUGCUCUGCUCGCAUGUCUCCCUCGCGUCUCUUACAGACCUUCGCUUCCAAUCCCAGACGCAAGCGCAUGUGGUGGCCACUGAGCCCGAGUCACCAGGGUCCGGGAAAUUCAGAAGCCUACGCAGGCUCGGCCGGCAGCGCAUGCGCACCUGCAGCACGGAAAACAUGUCCACGCCUCCGUCGUCGCCCCUUCAGCACCAGAGCCCGUGGUGGAGGCGCGUGUUUACACAUUCGCCGACGCAGACGAGUCCGUGUUCGCCGCCGGGACUAGGCGGAUGCGAAGGCGCGUAUGCGCCCAUGGUCGUUGCUGGGGAGGAGGAUGAUAUGCCUCGGUUGAUCGAGGAUGAGGAUUACGGCGAAGAAGGGCACGAAUUCGGUUCGUCGAAUGGGAGGGCCGCUAGCACGCAGGCUGGGGUUCCGUCGGGCCGCGAACAGCGUGCGGCGUCGCGCAGACCGAGCAUCGCGCAUCUGAAGCGGCGCCUGAACUUCGCGCUACAAAUCAGCACUGGGAGAGAGACGAGCAAGAAGCGGAGUACGGAGGACGUCGGGGGCGACGGUGGUAGAUGCCAGAGACUUCCUAAGUGUUCUGCGUCGCCAGUGGGGCUAGUGCCGCCCUCGCCUGUGCUCGAGCUAGAGCGCAUGCCAAGUCUCGAAGAGCUGGGUGGUGGAGAGCUGAAUAGGACACUGCGAGCUCCUUGUCUGAGCGUGGAUCCGGUGAGGUGGCAUGGGCCUGCGCGGAGGAAGAGUUUGCCGUCGCUUUGGAUGAAGCCGGAGAUAGGGGUCCAGGAGGUUGAGGAGGUUCAAUAG